CGCGCCCAUGGCGGACGCGACCGCAGCGCGAGCGCCCGCGGCGAACGCGUCGCGGCGACCGGCGACCACUCCCGCGGGGUUCAACCCUACGGGCGCGCUCGUCGUGGCGGUCCUCCUCGCCUUCGCCGGCGCGGACGUGUUCACGACGUACAAAGACCACGCGGCGGCGUCCGCGUCCCCCGAGCUCGCGCCGAACGAGUUCGCCGUCGCGGACCCGACGAGCCUCGGCGGGAAAGUUCACAUCAGCUUCUGCACGAAAUGAAACUACCGCGGCGGGUACGUGCACGUGACCGAACAGAUCCAGAAGUCCUUCCCCGGGAUGGAGGUGGUCGGUUCGCACCACCCGCCGACGGCGACGAACGCCGCGCUCGCGAAAGCGGUCGGGUUCGCGCAGUUUAGCGCAAUCGCGGCGACGUUCAGCGGCGCGCAGGUCUUCCCGGCGCUCGGGAUGGCCGUCCCGAGCUUCGUGGCCGGGAUGGCGGAGAACAAGCUGCAGUCCGCGGGCGCGGCGUUUUUCUUGGGGAACACGCUGUCGCAGAACUUGCUAAACACGGGCGCGUUCGAGGUGUAUUACGACGGCGACGUCGUGUUCAGCAAGCUGAACGAGAAGAGGCUGCCAAACGUGCAGGAGAUUUUGCGCGGGUUGGAGUCGCGCGUCGGACGCGCGAGGAAGCGGGCGGCGGAGACGGCGCGACUCGAGGAGGCGACGGCGUAACGGAACGGGACGGGAACGCGACGGAUGAUGUGGAGGGUAGGGAAGGGGAGUGGACGCGGCGAAGGCGCGCGCGGUGGGAACGAACGGACGCGUCGAGAGAGCGCGGACGCGCGGAGAAACAAAGUGACGGCGCGACUUCGCAAGCCGGCGAGAAUCAGCCGGCGAAUCGCGCCCGAAGUCUCCGCGUCGACGACGCCUCACGACGCGCGCGUUCGUUCCCCUCGCGCGCGCGCCGCUCGACGAAACGCACACGCGCAGACGAAGCGCACGUCAUGAAUUAUUAGCCAGCCGCGCGUGAACGCCGACCGCGUCAUCUCGGU